CCUCACUCUGCACAGCUGGCCCCUAGGAGGCUAUGCAGUGGGCAGGUGUUGGGGACUCUUGAGGUGCCUGGGGUGGGGGCGCCCAGGCUGCUCUGAAGGGAAGCGGGCGCCAGAGACCUGGGCUGCAGCCCCCAGGCAGUGGUCUGGCACCUUCCUGAGCCCGUGUCCCCUGGAAAGUGGGGAAUGUUCCCUGCCCAGCCCCAAAGCCGCCGCCCCUUGGGCUGGCUUAUCGGCCGCAGCUGUAGCAGAUGGGCCCACACCCGGGCCCAUCCCAGGCAGAGGGAGCGAGGCCACUCGUCCGUCCGCAGAAGGGAGGUGGGGUAACAGCCCCCAGGACGCUGGCCGCCCACGAGACAUGAAGGAUGGCAUCCAAGGGCGCUGACAUGUUCCCCCGCAAGAGCUACGGGCUGACCGCGGACGCUGAGAAGCCCAGGGUCACAGGUGUGGGCCGGGAAGAACUGCUGGAAGGGGGGUUAGUGUUGGUUUCAGGGACUGGGGGCCCCUCGCAGCCUCUUGCUCUCCCCAGGAAACCCCUGAACUUCCAGAACCUGCCAGAGCAUCUGGACCAGCUGUUACAGGUGGACAGUGAGGAUGAGGAGAGCCAGGGGCAUGUGGAAGGGCGGCUCGGCCCCUCCACCGUGGUCCUGGACCACACGGGGGGCUUCGAGGGGCUGCUGCUGGUGGAUGAUGACCUGCUGGGGGUGAUUGGCCACAGCAACUUCGGCACCAUCCGCUCGACCACCUGCGUGUACAAAGGGAAAUGGGUGUACGAGGUGCUCAUCUCCUCCCAGGGGCUCAUGCAGAUCGGCUGGUGCACCAUCAACUGCCGCUUCAAUCAGGAGGUACGUGCGGGCCCCCAGGGAGCUCCUCUCCCCAGAUCCUCCCCGACUUCCUCCUGCCUGAACGGCAUGUCGCUGGGCACCGCCUUCGAGAACUUGUCCAGGGGCCCGGGCAUGGCCUACUUCCCAGCCAUCAGCCUUUCCUUCAAGGAGUCCGUGGCCUUCAACUUCGGCAGCCGCCCCCUGCGAUAUCCUUUCCCACGGAGGCGUGGGCUGCUGGGAAGUCGGGGCGCCGGCGGGGAAGGGCUUGGGACGGCUGGGCGGCGUGCACAUGUGUGCUUGGGGCGCGGCCGUGCCCGGGUUGGGCUCAGGGUCCCUGGUGGUGGAGCCCCAUCCCAGCCCGCACCCCUACUGCCCCGGGGCCCCAGGGCGGGGCUCUGCAGGCUCAGUGUCCGCUCCCCACCCGCCCCAGUGGUGGAAGAACUGCAGGUCCAGAUCCUGAAGCUGCUGCUGAACAAUAAGGAUGAGAAUGGGGGCGAAGCUUCUAGGUACAUCUUCCUGACCAAGUUCCGGAAGUUCCUGCAGGAGAAUGCCAGCGGCCGGGGGAACAUACCCCUGCUCUGCCCCCCUGAGUACAUGGUCUGCUUCUUGCACCGGCUGAUCUCCGCCCUGCGCUGCUACUGGGACGAGUACACGGCUUCCAACCCCCACGCCUCCGCCAGCGAGGAGGCCUACGUCCCGCCCCAGGUCUUCUACAACGGCAAGGUGGACUACUUCGACCAGCAGCGCCUCGGGGGCCUCCUCUCUCACCUCCGCAAGACCCUCAAAGACGACCUGGCGUCCAAGGCCAACAUCCUGAUCGACCCCCUGGAGCUGCAGGCGGCCACCAUGGACGACCUGGAUGAGGACCAGGAGCCGUCCCCGGCGGCCCUGCAGCGCCCCGUGCAGGCCCUGGCCAUUGGGGGUGCGCUGCGCCUGCCCCGGCCCGGCUGGCUCAGCUCCCCGACCCUGGGCCGCGCCAACCGCUUCCUCAGCACAGCGGCUGUGACCCUGAUGACCCCCCGGCGGCCUCUGAGCGCCUCAGAGAAAGUGAAGGUCCGCACGCUGAGCGCGGAGCAGAGGACCCGCGAGGACAGGCGCCUGUCGCUCCAGAUGGUGGGGGUGUCCGACGACGUCAACGAGUACGCGAUGGCCCUGAGGAACACGGAGGACAAGCUGCGCCGGUGCCCCAAGAGGAGGAAGGACAUCCUUGAGGAGCUGACCAAGAGCCAGAAAGUUUUCUCAGAGAAGCUGGACCACCUGAGCCGCCGUCUUGCCUGGGUCCAUGCCACCGUCUACUCCCAGGAGAAGAUGCUGGACAUCUACUGGCUGCUGCGCGUCUGCCUGCGGACCAUCGAGCACGCGGACCGCACGGGCCCGCUCUUCGCCUUCAUGCCCGAGUUCUACCUGAGCGUGGCCAUCAACAGCUACAGCGCCCUCAAGAACUACUUCGGGCCGGUGCACAGCAUGGAGGAGCUCCCCGGCUACGAGGAGACCCUGACCCGCCUGGCUGCCAUCCUUGCCAAGCACUUUGCCGACACACGCAUCGUGGGCACUGACAUCCGUGACUCGCUGAUGCAGGCGCUGGCCAGCUACGUCUGCUACCCACACUCCCUGCGGGCCGUGGAGCGCAUCCCUGAGGAGCAGCGCGUCGCCAUGGUGAGGAGCCUCCUGGCUCCCUACGAGCAGCGGCCCUGGGCGCAGACCAACUGGAUCCUGGUGCGGCUCUGGAAGGGCUGUGGGUUCGGGUACCGCUACACACGGCUGCCCCACCUGCUGAAGAUCAAGCCCGAGGAUGCCAACCUGCCCAGCCUGCAGAAGCCCUGUCCGUCCAUCCUGCUGCAGCAGCACAUGGCGGACCUGCUGCGCCAAGACCCCGAUGUGGCGCCCAGCUUCCUCAAUAGCGUCCUCAACCAGCUCAACUGGGCCUUCUCGGAGUUCAUCGGCAUGAUCCAGGAGAUCCAACAGGCCGUGGAGCGCCUUGAGAGGAACUUCGUGGACACCCGGCAGCUCAAGGUCUGUGCCACCUGCUUCGACCUCUCGGUCAGCCUGCUGCGCGUCCUGGAGAUGACCGUCACCCUGGUGCCCGAGGUCUUCCUCGACCCGACCCAGCCCACCUCCGAGAUGCUGCUGCAGCGGCUCGCCCAGUUCUUGGGGAGGGCGGUUGGCACCCACUGGGCCCCAGCAUGGGCGCUCACCCCCUCGCCCUCCCUAGGCCUGGAGAGCGUGGACCACUACCCCAUCCUGGUGGCAGUGACGGGCAUCCUGGUGCGGCUCCUGGUGCACGGCCCCGCCGCAGGGACGGAGAAAGCCACGUCAGUGCUCCUGGCUGACCCCUGCUUCCAGCUCCGCUCCAUUCGCUAUCUUCUGGGGCACCCAGAGCCCCCCGGCCCUGGCACUGCCCCGCCUGCCCCUGACCGGAAACACUUCUUACCACCCCCAGACACAGACUACAUCAGCAGCGAGGAGCUGGCCCAGGUGGAGCAGAUGCUGGCACACCUGACCUCCGCGUCUGCCCAGGCUGCAGCUGCCUCCCUGCCCACCAGCGAGGAGGACCUUUGCCCCAUCUGCUAUGCACACCCCAUCUCUGCCGUGUUCCAGCCCUGUGGCCACAAGUCCUGCAAAGCCUGCAUCAACCAGCACCUGAUGAACAACAAGGACUGCUUCUUCUGCAAAGCCACCAUCGAGUCGGUGGAGGACUGGAGGGCAGGCGGGGCGAGCAACACCUCCUCGGCUGCCUAGAUCCGCGGUCCACACAGCAGGAGACUCUGCCCGAGCCCAAACCCAGGCUGGGCCCUAUUUAUGAGCUCCCCUUUCCAGCCCCCCACCAUCCCCAGCCUCCUGCGUGUCCCCCAUGGCGGGAGCCCAGCCCUCAUUGUGCCUGAGCUCGACUUCCAGUCAGGGCCACUGUGAGCAUUAAAUUAUUAUUCAAACAGC